CUGCAUGGAGAAGAGUAAUCUCACAACAUCUGGUACCACCAUGGAGUUCCUGCUGGUGGGGUUCUCUGACAUGAUCCAUCUGCGGGCCCUUCUCUUUUUCAUCUUCUUGAUGGUGCAUUUGGUGACUCUGGCAUGCAACCUCCUCAUCCUUCUGGCAGUGGCUGCUGAGCCCUCCCGUCCUCCUAUGCUUCUUUUCCUCUGCCAGCUCUCUGCCAUUGAGUUCUGUUACACCCUUGUUAUUGCUCCCAAGGUCCUGGCUGACCUCACAAGCCCAGGGGGGCGCUGCAUUUCUUUUGUGGGCUGUGCUGCCCAAAUGCAUUUCUUUGUGGCUCUCGGUGGGUCUGAAUGUUUCCUCCUGGCAGCCAUGGCCUAUGACCGCUAUGCGGCCAUCUGUCGGCCCUUGCACUACAUGGCCAUGAUGAGCCAGAGCUUCUGCUUUCAGCUUGCCAUCUUCUCUUGUCUCGGAGGCUUUAUAGUAUCCUUGGGGCUGACGGUGGCUGUCUUCCGCCUGCCCUUCUGCAGCUCCCAUCAUAUUGAUCAUUUCUUUUGUGACAUCCCUGCUUUACUGCACCUGGCCUGCACAAGGAGCUAUGCCAGUGAGCUUCCCCUUCUGGGAGCCUGUGUGACCCUUCUCCUCAUCCCCUUCCUGCUCAUCUUUACCUCCUACAUCUGCAUCAUGGCAGCUGUGGUAAGGUUUCGUGACUCCGCUGGCCAAGGCAAAGCAUUCUCUACCUGUGCUUCACACCUGACUGUCACACUCUUACACUAUGGCUGUGCCACCUUCAUGUAUGUCCGACCCAAGUCCAGCUAUUCAUCUGGCCAGGACAAGAUGGUGGCUCUUGUGUACACCAACAUCACCCCUUUGCUUUAUCCUCUGAUUUACAGUCUCAGGAACAAAGAGCUCAAAGCAGCUCUGAGGAAGCUGCUCCGAAAAAGAUUAACUCUGACGAAAUAGAAUGCAUUUAA